GUUGCUUUCCUGCCAGCCCAACGAGAGACCAGAGCUCCGCCAAACAGCUAUCCAGCCUCCGUCUCCGUCUCACUCCUCGCACUCGAGACCUUGCUUCUUGUUUUGAGAUCCUCCAGCUUCGCGGGUGUCUACCAGGUUGGGGGUCAUCAUGGGUCUCACUUAUCCUUUCGGUUUGGCAACCGUGUCAUUCCUGGUGAUCGGAGGGUAUAUGCUUUUCCAUGGAGAGGGUGAAGCAUUCAAUGUUGGCCAAUUUCUCGAAUCCGUGUCUCCGUACGUUUGGGCGACUCUAGGAAUUGCUCUGUGUAUUGGGUUGUCAGUUGUCGGUGCAGCAUGGGGUAUCUUCCUCACGGGCUCAUCGAUUGUCGGCGGAGGUGUCAAGGCUCCGAGAAUCCGAACAAAAAACUUGAUCUCCAUUAUUUUCUGUGAAGUCGUCGCUAUCUACGGUGUCAUCAUGGCCAUUGUCUUUUCCUCGAAGCUCAACCUCGCGACCGGCGAUGAAAUCUAUUCCCGCCAGAGUCACUAUACCGGCUAUGCGCUGUUCUGGGGAGGAAUCACUGUCGGUGCCUGCAACUUGAUUUGCGGUAUCUCCGUUGGUAUCAACGGUAGUGGUGCAGCUCUUGCGGAUGCUGCAGACCCAAGCUUGUUCGUCAAGAUCCUCGUCGUCGAAAUCUUCAGCUCAGUCUUGGGACUGUUUGGUCUUAUUGUCGGACUACUGGUGCAAGGCAAGGCAACCGACUUCGGAGCAGCAGCAUGAAACACUCUUCUCUGUGAGAAGAGCCCAUACUAGCAGGGGCACCCCAUUUGUACGACUUCUACUCAUCUCAUUUUUUGGCUUCAAUUUGUCCUCUUUAUAUAGCGCAUUGAGGCGUAAGGGUCCGAUUCGGCUGUUGAGUCUUUGUCUGCUGAGUUUAUGGAUAGGUAAGCACUUGGUUUUGCCGCGACGACGACGAGCCGGAUGGACGUGGUGUACAGUACAGGCGCCGGAAAUAAUGGACGUUUCUAUCUAUACCAUAGACUGAAUGAAAAUUCCCCAUAUCAACUUCUAUCACCCU